CCUCAACGUCUGUCUAGUGUGAGACUUGUCUGAGGUUUUAUAUUUUGUUCAGGCUGCUUUAUCUGUGCUCAUCACUGUGGGAUUGCCUUUGAUUGGGCUUAUCAUUAUCAUCUCUGGUAGACUAGUCGUCUACCAUGGCAGCACCACUGAACAACCAUGUCUCUGUGAGACGCUCUAUAGUCAUGUUUUUGACCAUCUUCUCUUCGAAGAUCUCCUCAAGUUAUGCAUUGAAUCUCCCGUGGGAAAGGUCUAGUACCUGUCCCAGCAAUUACAACAGGUGUUCCGGCUCUGGGCUACCAGACAACUUCUGUUGCUCUUCGUCGUCAACCUGCGUGACCGUUGACAGUGGAAGCUCAGUCAUCUGUUGUCCAUCAGGCCAAAGCUGUGCCUAUAUCCAGACCAUCACUUGUGAUGUAUCGCAGCAAAAUGCCACUCUAUACCCGGAUGCGGUUAUUAAAACCACUCGUCUGGACGACAAAUUGCCCACUUGCGGAGACUCAUGUUGUCCGUUCGGAUAUACCUGUCAGGGCAGUAUUUGUGGAAUGGACGAUACUUCCUCCUCUACCUCCACCACAACGCAAAGCAAGACUCAGACAGAAUCAACCUCUUCCAGUACAGCAUCCAUAUCUACAGCAACAACAACUUCCUCCUCCUCCUCUUCCUCCACCACCACCACCACUACAGAUGCCACCGCAUCGAUUACUCCUACUGUAUCCUCCAGCACAACUACCACGGACGCAUCUACAACACUUUCAACGCCUUACCUCCAAUACUCCUCCAUCUCCGACAGCAGCAACACCAGCUUGACCUCAGCGACCACAUGUCCCAACUUCCCCACCAACGCCAUCCUCGCCGGAUUCUUCCCAGGUGCCGUGUUCGGCGCCCUAGCUUCACUCCUCCUAACGGUCUGCAUCCGCCGACAACACAAAAGCAACCUCCCUCCCUCGGCCAAAGUCGCCCUAAACACCCACCGCAAAUCCACCGGCACCUUGAUCGGCAUCUCUGAUCCCAUCCCCUCAGAAGACAGCUCCUUCCGCACAGACUUCCUCCGCCGCCCAAACCCUAAACGCCAAUCCGAGGGAGCCCGCUCCGUCCUCCAGCGCAGCCGAUCCCGUGUAAAGAGUCUCUUCGGUGCAGCUCCAAAACCAACCCCGAUCCCCGUGGAGCCGGUUCCCCCGUUGCCGUUUACCCCGCCGCGCCAGCGCCAGCGCCAGCCCAGUAUGGAGAGUAUAAGAGUCUAUACCCCUCCAGGGGUGUUUGCUCCCACGAGCUCGUCGAACGCUGCUUCGCCUCCCGAUCCCAGACCAAACACGACUCUAGGCGAUCUAAUGAAUCAAGCACAGGCUUCAGCCGCGAAUCCCAGCCACAUUGGCAAUGCCAAUAACGGAGGAAACCCGCGCUUUCUGCUCGCUCCACCACCGAAACUUUCCAGUCGAAUUCCUUGAACAUAGUUUUCCGACUUAUUACUGGCAACUUGACUACUAUGCAUGUAAACUCUAGCAUCGAGCAUCGUGCAUCGUGCGUUUACUCUGGAAAACUCUUGAAAACUCUUUUCUUUUUCUUUUUCUUUUUCUUAUUCUAUCUCUAUCUUUUAGUUGUCAGAGCUCUGCUGUUUUCUUGUGUAUAAUUUAACCAGGUUUAGCGAG